UCUCUCUAGGCUGUGACUGUGAGGGCCACCAAUACCAUCCACUCUUCUUCAGACGACCGUUUGCUUUUCUUAUUAGAGAAUUGAGGGUGUAGGCCGUGUAGGGGUGGUGGCUCCUCAAAGUGACAACUCCCCUUCAGCUCGCCUCCCUCCAUCCUGCAUCGGCAAGCGAGGUCCUCGUGAUCCUUCUUCUUUCUUCUUCCUCUUCUUCCUUUCUACCACCACCACCACCAUCUUCAUCCCUAGCCGAGAACGAUCCCUCCUCUCUCUUGUAGACGCCGCCCAGUAUAGGGAGAGAGGAUGACUGCAGGAGGUGGAGGAGGUGGUGGUGCGUCUUCGAGGGGCAGAGUCCCGACGUGGAAGGAGAGGGAGAAUAACAAGAGGAGAGAGAGGAGGAGGAGGGCCAUCGCUGCCAAGAUCUACGCGGGGCUUAGGGCCUUCGGCAACUACAAACUCCCCAAGCACUGCGACAACAACGAGGUCCUCAAGGCCCUCUGCACGGAAGCCGGCUGGACCGUCGAGGAAGACGGCACCACCUACCGGAAGCAGGGUUGCAGGCCAUCCUCUCUUGAGGCGCCCGUCGGUGGGUCGGCCACCGUUAGCCCCGCGGCCUCGUCGUCCUACCACCAGAGCCCGCCCUCCUCCUCCUUCCCGAGCCCCAUGCCCUCCUACCAUGCCAGCCCCGUUUCUUCGUCCUUCCCGAGUCCCACCCUCUCCUCUGCAACUGCCUCCUUCCUCAUCCCCUGGCUCAAGAAUCUCAGCGACGCCAACGCCAUCCCUUCCUCCCUCCCGCCCCUCCGCAUCUCCAAUUCCGCACCCGUCACACCCCCUCUGUCCUCCCCGACCUCCAAGGCAAAGCCCAACUGGGACGCCGUCGCCGCACUCAACCAGCAGCGCCUGCCCAACUUCCCCUUCUUCGCCGCGUCGGCACCCUCGAGCCCCACUCGGCGCAGAUCUCUCUUCCGAUCGAUCCCUGAGGGAGACGAGUCCGACGUCUCCACGGCAGGCGACUCGACCUCCUCCGGACGGUGGGCAGGGCUCCCUGCUGGCGCAGCUCCAACAUCGCCUACGUUCAACCUCGUUAAUGCCGCUGCCGAACAGAGAUGGGGGUUCGGUGCCGACGGAACGAUCUGGGCUCCAUCCUCCGCUUGUCGGAGCGUCGUGGGAUCGCCGGAACACCAACAGUUUCCCAAGUCCGUUGCGGGUGCUGAUAGUGGUAGCGGUGGUAGCGCCACUGGUGAUGGUGGUGGAGGCGAUUUCCAGUUUGAGUGUGGAAGGGUGAAGCCGUGGGAAGGGGAGAGGAUACACGAUGAAUGUGGAGAAGAGGUCGGUCUGGAGGAUUUGGAACUCACGCUCGGUAACGGGAAGCGUUGAGAUUCUGGCCACAGAGUGGUCGGAAUCCCUUGCGUCUGAUAACUCCCCGUCGAUUUCAUUGACGUUGGCUGCCUUUCCCCCCAUCCUAUCUUCUUUCUUUCGGCCGAUCUUCUUCAUCUCCCUCAGAAGAUAACAUAUUCGGUCGAUCCCAAAAGAAUUUCUCUGACGGUCAGCAGUUUCUCGGCGACCUUCUGUGGUUUACCGGUGUUCGUUGUAAAAGAUGGUGGUUUUCUAAAGGUCCCCACAGCCCCAAACGACGGUUCAUGAUUCAUCCUUUUUCUUUUAAUUUUUAUUCCAUCUUGUUUCAGGUCCUUUUACUCUUUUCCUUUUUGUACUUAUUAAUGUCUCAGUGAGAAGAUUUAGAGGACAGUUACCGACCGCAUCGCCUCUGUUUUGUAAUCUUACAAAUGUUUCGUGGGGAGAAGAAGUUUAACAUGUAAGCUGUGAUAUAUAUUUGACUCUUGGACGUAUUUUUCUUAUA